CGCGAUCAUCAAUGAUUAGCCGUGGCGGGCCGCGCCAGCGAAGAACCUGUGGGGCCACCGGGGGGUUUUGCCCUUGGUGCCAUCUUGCCCUCUGGCUGGCCAGCUCCGGCGAACGCCUCCAGUGGGUCAGGAAACUGCCAAAGUCGAAUCGGAGAUUGGAAUUGUCGAUAGCGUCGAACGUAUGCCCCUUAGACUCAUGCGUCAUAGGACAGAUUAGAAAAUAGACUCUGAUAGGGGAGCGGAAGCGAGGAAAAAGGAAAAUAAGCGAUGAUCAUGCUCGUUAGGCACGAGAAUCUGCAGCUGUCCGCAUGGAUCCGCGGCAGCUGAACUGUGGGUCUGUGGUCGUGGGACCUGCCUUUGCUGUCUUGUCCGAGUAGAUAUAUGAGCGUGGUUGUCUUCUGGAAACCCAAUCUUCUGGGAGAUUGGGGCCACAUAUUUUGUGUGUGAUCGACUGAAACGCAGGAUGACGUCGUCUCCCUUCAUCAUAACAGAGCACAUCGUCGGGUGCCAACAUGUCCGCGAAUACCCUCAUGCGACGAGACACGGUGAUGAUGCGCUGCAGCUGGUGGUGAAGCGGUACACUCCCAAGUCGAACCCGGAUCCCCAGCCGGGAGAUGUCACAAUCAUUGGUGCGCAUGCGAGUGGGAUGCCCAAGGAGCUUUACGAACCACUAUGGGAAGAAACCCUCGCGAAGCUCGAGCAUCAGGGUGUCCGGAUCCGCUCUAUCUGGGUCGCAGAUACGGCAAGUCAGGCCGCUAGCGGGCUGCUGAACCGACAGAUUCUAGGCAAUGACCCAUCCUGGUUCGACCACUCCCGAGACCUUCUGCAUCUAAUCAAUACCUUCAAGGCCGAGAUGCCGCGACCGAUCAUCGGCGUGGGACACAGUCUCGGCGCCGGACAACUAAUGUUGUUAUCCUUAAUGCACCCCCGCCUCCUCACCUCCCUCAUCCUCAUCGACCCCGUGCUGGCCCCAGAUGUUCUCACCGGCAAAGGCGCCGCCUUCGCCCGCGCCUCCCUCUCCGCCCCCGACAAGUGGGCCACCCGUGCCGCCGCCACGACAUUCCUGCGCAAACAGUAUCGCAAAUGGGAUCCGCGGGCGUUCGAUCGCUUGCUGCAAUACGGCCUAGUCGACACCCCUUCAGGAGUCAGUCUCACCACGUCGCGCCACCAGGAGGUGAUACAGUACCUUCGUGCCAAUUUCUCGGGCCGCAAGCCCUUAGAUCCGGCGAAUGAGUCAGAGGCGCAUGAUGCGGUGUUCCAUGCGGAUGUCAUCGGUCCCGCGCACGCGAUCGCCCCGUUCUAUCGGUACGAGCCCAUCCUGGCGUUCAAGCUGCUGAAGCAUGUGCGACCGUCUGUGUUGUAUGUCUUUGGUGAGAGUAGUCCGAUUUCGACGCCGGAGAUGCGGGCGGAGAAGGUGGAGCGGACGGGGCGGGGCAUCGGGGGAAGUGGUGGGCGUUUGCGGGGAAGAGUGAGGGAGGUUGUUGUUCCGGUUGCCGGGCAUCAGGUUCCGUUUGAGGAUGUAGGUGGUGUGGCGGUUGCGAUGGCGGAGUGGCUGGGCAUGGAGGUUAGGAGGUGGAAGCUGGAUGAGCAGCGGAUACAGCGGGAUUGGGAGGAACGGUCGGUGGAGGCGAGGGUGACUUUAUCUGGGGAGUGGGAGAGUCACUUGAAAGAUUCUUUGAAGAGGAAGGACAAGACUUUGAGGGCGAAAUUAUGAUAUGAUAGAUGGGGGAGCAGGAAGUAAAUAGAAGCUGGCUUAGAAAACCAUGUUCGCUAGAUCAUGUCAUGCUUAGCAAUAAGUCGGGAGUAUAAAGGCGCUGAC